AUGAGAGUUUAUCCCAGCAAGCAGUCAAACUAUCAGAAGUCUAAUAUUUGCUAUAGUAAGAAUACGAGGGAAGAGAAUAGGGAAGAGGUCACACAGAUUUUAGGGGUCACCCAAGCUCCUAAUUUCGGAAAGUAUGUAGGCUUACCCUAUUUUAUUGGGAGGAAUAAGCGGGCAGCAUUUGCAUAUAUUGAGGAUAAAAUCAGGCAAAGAAUUGGAUCAUGGAAUAAAAAUCUACUGACACAGGAAGUUGUUUGCACGGCCAUUGAGAGGACAAUGAACCGUUAUUGGUGGGGAUCCGGUACUGACCAUGGAAUUCAUUGGAAAGCAUGGGAUAAAUUGUGUGUCCCAAAGAAAUAUGGGGGGCUGGGUUUCAAGGAUCUGAGAGCAUUUAAUUUAGCAAUACUAGGCAAGCAGGCAUGGCGGAUGCUUACCAACACUGACUCAUUGGUGUCCCGUGUAUAUCAAGCGAGGUAUUAUCCUAAACAGACUUUCUUUGAGGCAUGUCUAGGAAAUAACCCCAGUUACUGUUGGCGUAGUAUUAUGGCAGCUAAAGAACUGGUUUGUGGUGGAGUGAGACGGCGUGUUGGGACUAGAAUUUCUACUUUAAUUUGGGAGCACCCGUGGCUUCAGGAUGACUUAGAUCCUAUGAUCCAUACGGAGAUGCCACCGCAGCUGGCGGGAGCUAAAGUGCUUGGCUUGAUAGAUCAGAAUACAUGCAGGGACUUGGGACCAUCCUAUUGUCUCGGAUAUUUUCCAACCAAGUGA